UGGGAAUAUUUGUGAAAAAGACCAUUGGAAGCAACAUUAUCCUUUAAUAGAAUAAAAAUAGAAUAUUAUAGCUGAAAAAAAGAAAGAUCCACCUCGAUCACCACCACCGUUCCCGGCGAGGAACCCCUCUUCACACAAAAACACAUACUACUCAAAAAUCAAAUCUUUCUUGAGGUCUGUGAAAUUACAUGUUUUGAUUUGGAUUAUUUAUACAAAAUCUUGAAAUUUUGAAGAAGAGAAAAUUUGUCCAACGUCAUUAUCAGUACAUUCAAGAAGAGGGAAUAAGAAUGAGAGAAGAGGACUCCAAUUGGUUUGCCAAAUGGGAAGAGGAACUGCCUUCACCUGAAGAACUGACGCCCUUAUCCCAGUCCCUAAUAACCCCUGAUCUAGCACUUGCCUUUGAUAUUCGGAAUCAUCACCACCAGAGCACGCCGCCUGCGCAGCUGCCGCAAUCCACGGUUCUCUCCUCCCAACCCAACUCCUCGGCGGAAUUUGACUCGGCAGAGUUGGGCGGAGGUGGAACUGGAGGAGGAGGAGUCGGGUUGGCCUCAGAUGAGCCGGCCCGCACCCUGAAGAGGCCGCGGCUCGUUUGGACGCCACAGCUCCAUAAAAGAUUUGUAGACGCUGUAGCUCAUUUGGGGAUCAAGAAUGCUGUUCCUAAAACCAUUAUGCAGUUGAUGAAUGUGGAUGGCCUAACCAGAGAGAAUGUUGCUAGCCAUUUGCAGAAGUAUAGGCUUUAUCUAAAGAGGAUGCAGGGCAUGUCCAAUAAUGGAAGUGGUGGCAACAAUAGCCCUGCAACCUUGUCUGCUCUAGGAGUCGACCCUGCGACCGACCAUUUGUUUGCCAGCUCCCCUGUCCCGGCGCAUUUUUUGCACCCAAACAGGCCGAAUUCUGACCAUUUCUUGCCCUUUGUGCCGGUAGCCUCAAUUCAGCAUCAUCAUCCAAUGCCAGUGGUGGGGCCGGGGCUGCACCAUCAUUCGCAACAGCAAUUUAGACAUUUUGGGACUUCACCUGCGAAUGGGCAGUUUGAACAUCCGUUCAUUAGGCCGUCACAGUCAGUUCAAAGCAAUAAUGGUUCUGUUAUUGCACCACAUCUGGAGGAUUUGGAGUUGGCCACCCCCACAAAUGGGAGGAAAGUUCUCACUCUUUUUCCAACUGGCAAUGAUUAAAUGUGGGGUAAUUGUGGACUUUUCAUAGAAAUUCUGCAUUUUUCUAAUCAGUUUCAUUUCUCGGCCUAGUGAAAAUCUGUCAUUGAAGUUACAAUUUAGUGUCAAGACUUAAGCCGCCUUUUCUCAUUAAUGGUGUUUUAAGCUAUUCCGAUGUAGUAAAGUUGAACUAUUGGCAUCCAAUUGACAUGAAAUAAUUUUGCUUCUUA